AUGACUUUAAUUGCUGCUAUAAAUUGGCAAAUUGAUAACAGGAGAGGGACGAGGACUGAAGAAAACGGAUUAAGACUUUUUUGGGAAUUGAUAGCUUCUCCUCUUCUUUUUCUUCUAUUUGGAUUUCUUCUUGAUUUUACUUCAAUAUUUUCCUCAACAAAACUUCUCGAUGCCUUCCUAUUCUUACUCCUUUCUUUGUUAGUCCGCUUAGCUACAGGACUAGCCUGUACAUUUUGUUGUUCAACAGGACAGAGAAGAACCCCUUCAGAACGCCUAUUUAUUUCAUUAGCGAUUUUACCUAAAGGAAGCUUACAAUUAAUUAUUGCCCCAGCAAUUUUAUGUUUUCAUAUAAGGGGGACUGGAAGAGAAAGUGGGGGGAUUUUGCUUUCUCUAGAAACAAUUUUAUUGGCUCUCCUUUUUUGCUCUCCCAUUGGAGAAAUGUUACUUCGUCUUCUCGGACCUCUACUUCUUCGUCGGAGACUAAUUCCAAAUGCUUGUGUUGUACCUUUGGGUGAACCAUACAAAAAAGGAGGAUUGAUGGUUGCGCACUCAGAUCCAUGGGAUAAUCGACUGAGGGUAUUUUUUGAACUUUUUUGGCAUUUUUUGCUAAAAUAUUUUUUAAAGCUCGAACUCGGACCUAUCGACCCAGCAGAUCCUCAAAUUCACAAAAACACUGCCUAUCCAUUAGAAGGAACAAAUAAACUUGAAAAUGAUUCAAAGCCUUAA